AUGUUAAAUAGAGACGAUAUAAUCACCUAUGGUUUGUCUAAUAUUAUCGGAAAUAAUGUAAAUAUUCGUUUAAUUGAUUUUCCAUUGAUACAUUCACGAGCAUCAAAUCUUAUUAAAGCUCAAUGCAGAAAUUUUCGUGAUCAAUUAACUAAAAUGAUAUUGACUAAUGCUACACAUUGGCGAGAACGAAAUCAACAAUUUACUUAUAUUUUGGAAAUUAUUUGGAGUGAUAUUAUCGAUGAUGUUAUUCAAUUCAAUGAAAAUUUUUCUGAAAGUAAUGAACUUCCAAUGAUAUUCAUCUGUUUAGAUAAUAAUCUCUUACGAGAACAAGAAAUUCGAUUAAGACAUCGAUAUUUUGAAAGUUUUCUAUUUCGUUUAUAUAAUACAUCUGUUGAAGAACUCAAUAAUAUGACUAUCUAUGAUUUUUAUGGUGAUCAAUCCAGUGAAAUUAUACAAAAUAAUUCUGUAAAAUUCGAAUGGAACUUUGGUACAUUUAUUGAACGAUUGAUAAAUUCUCAAAAUUCAUCAUUACCUUUCUAUCCUCUACUUCUACAUGUUAACAGUAUUAGUAGUGGUUUAGUAUUCAAUUAUUAUUAUUCUUAUCUCAAUUGUCAAGUUGGUUCUACAAAUAGUCUCUUUCUUGAUUUCACUUUUAAUGCUAUCAUUCCAAAAGAAAAUCUUCCACAAACAAUUCUUAUUGUCUUACAUACAUUGAUCGAAAGUGUCUUUCUCAACAAGAGUCCAUCCAGUAUGCCGGCCAAUCAUCUUGUUCCAAUGCAGUCAAAUCCUUUUCAAUUGAGUUUAGAUCCGGACAGUUAUAAGAUUAUUGAUAAUUCACGAACACAUGUAACAUUUUGCGUUCGUGGUAUAAGUGAUUUUGGUCAUACAGUAGAAAAAGUUUAUAUUUGGCAAGAAAAUUUAAAUCUCGAUACGCUCAUGUCAAUUCGACUUAGAGAUGAUGUACGAAAAUGGAAUAUUGAAUAUGAAUCGUGCUCAUCAAAUGAUGAUAAUGACGAAUUCAAUGAAUUACCAUUGGCUACUUUUCGUAUUCGAAUAAAUCCGACUAGAAAAUGUUUUGUCUUUUCUAUGAUUGAUGCACCAACCAUAUCGGAUCGAUGUGGAGGCGUAAGUACAAUGAAGAAAACCAGCAAAGAUUCAUAUGAUAAAUACAUAACUGAUCAAACUAAUCAUUGGAAUAUUAACCAACAGCCAAUUAAAGAAAUUCGCAGUGCACCGGUCUAUUAUUUACUUGCAAAAUCUUCAUGUGAUUGUGGACGACCCGAUACUAAUGGUUGUCAGGAAAAUCAAGGAAUUUUCUUAGAAGGUACAAUUCGAGAUCCAAUCGAACCCGAUCGAAUACAUUUGGCUUAUGCUCAUAAUAAAGUCCUUCAAUCACCUGAUAUGAUACAUUAUAAUCGAUGUUUACGUCGAACAUUUUACUAUAUAGAUGUACUAGAUGAGAAUCAAGAAAUCAUUCGAUAUCUCUUUUGUGCAGAAUAUCCAGAUAUUAUGUCAAUUCUUGAUCAAAUUUAUCAAAUAGGUCAAAUUAAUCGAGCACAAAAACGCGAUGAAUAUAUGCGUUUUUGUAAUAUUCUUCAACGAUUGAUCGAUCUCGAUCCAUGGCCUGAAUCGAUUCGAUUGAUUCAAUUCGAUGAUGAACAAUAUCGAUCUAGAGAACAAUCGAAUGACUAUACAUCAAACGCCAUAGAUGCUGAUAUUAAACCAUUUUGGUUACAAAUUAAGGAAGAUAUCGAUGAAUACUAUCAGCCAUCACCGACAACUGUAGCAGCUCUCGAUGUCAAUACAAAAAUAAUUCCAAAUGAACAGAGUAAACGUAUAGCUUUGUUUUUUACUGAAAGAGCACAAGAAGAUCAAUCAAUUAGAACUUUAAUUACAGAUUUAAAAGAGAAAUUAAGACAACAAGGUUAUAUCGUUGAUUUGGCUAACAAUCAUUGGGAAAUUGAACAGAGUAUUUUUAUUUGUACGGGUCAACAAAAUGAUGAAGAUAAUCGUCAAAUGAUGCGUAUUGCACAACAUAAUAUCAUAAAACGUGAUACUAUGCGUGAUGUUUUUAUUCUUAUUAAUGAAGCUAUUGAAUAUUUUCCAUGUAAAUUUAUUCGUUCAAUACCAUAUCUAACAGUAGAUCUUCAUCGUCGAGCACCACAAUGGAAUAAUAAUGAAAUUCAUGAAGUAAUCUAUUAUCUUAAUAAAAUGAAUGUACUCUCGAAAGAUUAUACUAAUUCAUCUGAAAAUCGAAUUGAAUUUAAUCAAGAAUAUUCUGCCCAAUGUACAAGUGUUGGAUUAGGUUGUGCUGCAGCAUUUUAUUUUAAUUAUAUCAAAAUGAUUACUUCAACAAAUGAUCAUCAAUAUCGAUUGAAUUUUAUUGAAAUGGAAUUGAAUAAGGAAUGUAAUACUGAUGGACUAGAGAAGAAUACAAUGAUUUUUAUUCGUAAAUGGGUUUUUAUUCUUCCAUGGACAAUCGAAGAUUCUACACAAUUGAUUUCUAAUAUUGUUAAAUUAUCAGAGGAAGAACAACGAAUUAUUGGAUUUAAAUUAAUCGAAUGGAAACCAAUUAAUACAAAUUUUUCUCAUCUACCAUUGACGAUAACUGUCGGUGGUGUUUUUCAACGUUCGUAUAGUUCUUUAGUAAUUUAUCAAUUGACACGUUUAGUCGAUGGCAAAACUAUCUAUUUUCCUAUGGAACUACCAGCUGCUCUUCGUGGUCUACAAAAUCGAUAUCAAUCUAUUCUUUCACAUUUUAAUUUUGGAUGUUUUGAUCCAGUUGAACAAGCUCGAAUCUUUCGAGAAGCAAUACUUGAUUAUCAAUCAAGAGAUUCUCAGGCCGAUUGGCAUAAACAUAUUAUUCUAAUACCAUUGAAUGAAUCAACUAAAAAUUAUGUUAGAACAGCUGAAAUAUUACUUUCGACUAUUUGGACUCAAUUGACUUUGUCAAUGGUACAAUGA